ACAGUAGUCUCCUAUUCCAAACUAGAGGUUUUUCGGAAUAUCAGAUUAUAAAACUAUGAAGUUGCUGCUCCCUCCUUCUGAAUCCCAUCUCGUCCCAAGUCUUAGCAAGAAACAGAAUGAAGAUGCUAGUGGCAGAAAAGAAGAAGAUGGUAAGGGGAAUGAACACAAUGGUAUGGAGUCAUGUACCCGAAUGAAGCGUACCGUUUGGACAGUGGAGCUCCACCAGAAGUUUGUCAAUGCUGUUCAGCAAUUGGGCCUCGACAAGGCUUCUCCUGAACAAAUACAUGCUCUCAUGAAUGUAGAAGGUCUCCCAGUGAUAAAUGUAGCCAGCCAUUUGCAGAAGUACAGACUGUUCUUGAAAAAGAUAUACGAAGGUCAGCAGCUGGACAUGGCCACAAUACAACUGCUCUUAUCUGCAGGUUCCCAUUUCCCCCAAACCCCAUCGACAAAUCACUGCUCCAGCUUCAUCCAACAGGGGCAUCACCAGAACUCAAGCAAUUCAUCUGAAACAUAUCACACUACUCUGUCACCAAGAGUCCAGAAAGUGAAUACGUUUCAACCAAGUUCAUCUCCACUAAAGCCUCUCUUGUUUCCUAAAAGCAAUAUCUCUGCAUUCAAGGAAGAUUUUAAAAGCAUAAAGGAGCCAGCCAUUGUUGGUGAUAGCUCCCUAGAUUCUUCCAAGCCACGCAACAGUUUCCAAACAGCCUCUAAAUUUCCGAAGACGGAUCCUUGUACCGGAAGCUACAUAAUUGAGAUUAUGACAGAGCCCUACUACGGAAAGAGUUCUCGUAGACACAGCAUAAAAGAGCCAGAAAUUGUCCAAGAGUCACGUACACGAAAGAAUCACGGCCGUGUCGUUUGGUCACAUGAACUCCACCAGAAGUUUCUCAAUGCCAUUGACCAAUUGGGCGGCAACGAAAAGGCUAUUCCCAAGAAAAUACAUGCCGUCAUGAAUGUAGAAGGUCUCACUAGGCUAAACGUAGCCACCCAUUUGCAGAAGUACAGACAAUUAAUGUUGUUCAACCGAAGCUCAUCAGCUGAACAUGGCCACAAGAAAACUACCAAGCUCGGAACAUCUGCCCCAAAGUCCAUCGACAAAUCAUCACAGUAGUCUGUCACCAAGAGUCCAGGACGUGAAUAUACGUAUCAACCUACUUCAUCUCCACUAAAGCCCCUCUUGUUUCCUAAAAGCAAUUUCUCUGCAUUCAAGGGAGAUUUUAAAAGCAUUAAUAAGGACCCAAUACUGCUCUUACUCUCUAUUUAUUUAUGGUUUUUAUUUUUUCAAUGUGUAACUCUCUUUGUGAUGGCUGCAACUUUCUUUUCUUAUUUCCUCUCAGGAUUAUGUUUUGGUGAUUAGCCUUUUGAUAUCUCUAAUCUCAAUAAUUCAGUCCCAAAAUG